AUGAAUUCCGUUGUCGUCCUGUUGACGAUUGCCGCUACUGUGCUAGGGCUACCUGAACCUUCUGAUGGAAUCGGCCCUACGGCUCCUCCAGUAAGUCACCCAGAAGAGAACCCUGCAUCUAUUGGUGGACCAGGACCGGUCAUACGUCCAGGAGGAGUGCUGAAAGGCUCCAAGAAGGCACAUAGAAUAACCGUAAAUCGAGAAAUGUUAUGGGUUCGUAAAUCAUUGGAAAAGAAUCUCUCAACACCUACAUUUCAGGAAGAAAUACGACAAAUCGCGGAUGGUCUCAGACGGAUUGAAAUGGAAAUCGUGAAGAAGAUUGUCAAGUAA